CGCACGUCUCUCCUCCUCCAUCAGCAUCUCACGGCUUCCACCAAUCGCGGCGACGAGCGGACCUUCAUCCACACGCCCUGCCCCGCCUAUAAAUACAGUCGGUGGCAAGCCGGCGAGCCUUGGUCGCCAGAAUCGCUCAGGGUUGCAGUAGAAACCCCCCUUCCUCCUCCUUCGUCUUCUCCCCAUCCAUCGUCUCUUCUUUUCAUCAUUUGGAUUUAUUUCGAAAGGAAAAGCUGCACCGUACUCGUUGGGGGGUCUACUCGGCGGCCACUUGCAUGCAUUGUUCGUCUCCCAAAAUGGUUUGCGAGACUAAAAUAGUUGCGGACGAACACGAUGCUAUACCCGGGAGCAAAAAGGAGCCCAUGAUGUGGAGCGCCAGCGGCGCCUCGUCCGCGUCCGGCGAGGCCAAGGACGUGAGGCGGGACGCGGUGUUCAUCCGCGAGUUCGAGCGCGGCGACCAGGAGGAGGUGCGGCGCAUCUUUUACGAAGGGAUCAUGGAGAGGAUACCCAACACGGCGUUUCGGGGACUCGGCCAGCAACCCCAAACCCAGUUUUUGUACGCGCUUCUCACAGUGAUGUGCUUUUUCAUGACCAAAUCCCUGACGCUGACCUGCUGCGCGCCGCUCGCGCUCAUGGGCGCACGUUAUUACUACAGCGGGAAAGUCAUCCACAGUUACCUGGACCACGCCUUGCACACGGACAUGGCGGACAUAGAGGCGUAUUACAUGAAGCCCGCAGGCUCCUGUUUCUGGGUGGCAGUGCUGGACGGACGCGUUGUGGGCAUCGUGGCGGCGCAAGGCCGCGAGGAUGACAAUGCGGUGGAGCUGCGGCGCAUGUCGGUGGAUUCUCGCUACCGCGGCAAAGGCAUCGCCAAGGCCCUGGGUCGACGUGUUCUGGAGUUUGCCGUGCGCAACAACUACGCGGCGGUUGUCCUGGGCACCACGGCGGUCAAGAUGGCCGCACACAAGCUGUACGAGUCGCUGGGUUUCCGGCGAACUGGCCAGAGCGAGGACUACAGGCUUCCCGGGAUGAGCCGCUCGGCGGCAGAGAGGCUGUUCUUCCAGAUCCGGUACAGCCGGUACCGCCUCCAGCUCCGUGAGGAGUGAGAGGUAGAGAGAUGGAGGAGAGAGGGACAGAGAGAGAGUGAGAGAGAGAGAGCGCUUUUAUUUAUUUUAUUUGACAUAAUCACUAACUUUAAAAUCAACAUUUAUCAUCGCCAAACACUUCCAUUGUUGUUGCUUUUUGUAGUAUUGUUUUACAUUUCAGAAUUUUUUUUUCCCUCUCCAUUUUUGUAUUAUUAAUCUUUUUUGGUGCCAUUUUGAAUAGAAAUUAGUGGCAGCAUUUCCAUGUCCCUUUGCUGCCAAGACCCCGGAAUGAUCAAUAGCCCCAUUCAUCACUAUGACACAGGGAGGGACUGGGUGAGGAUGGGUGUAUGUGGCUUCCUCGAUCGUGUUGUUGUGUGAUUGUGUGCAUUGUUCACACACAUGCACAUGACACUUUAGUAGCACAGUGAGCGAGAAAGAUGAAAUACAGUGAGCCCUCAUUCAAUCACCUACUCGCAAAUGUUUACACUACAACAAUUCUCAACUGAACUCUGGGAAGCCAAGGAAUAAAAAUGGAUUUGGGUGCUUGUCUAGUGUGCACUGGGAGGUCUUUCUCAGCCUACCUGCAGCACCAGGGCAGGGGCGUACACAAAUAGCAGAAUCUUAAAAUUAACUCUAAAUUGCACAGGAAGCCAGUGGAGGGAGGCCAGAAUUGGAGUUAUGUGCUCCCUUUGACGUGUUCCAGUCAAGAGUCAUGCGGCAGCAUUUUGAGAUUCGCUGAAAAGCGCACUGACCUGUAAGUCCCUGCUCCUUUUAAGGCACCAUUUUAGCGGAGCAGUACCCGUAGCUAUAUGUAAUAAAUGAGAGUAUACAUAUCACUCGUCAGAAACACAUUUAAAUGGGUAAUAGGAAAGUAGUAAUUGGUACGUUCUUGAUGACAUACAUGCCAGCGUCUUCAUUUUUAGGGAAAACAAAUCAUCUGCAAGCCAUUUAUUUUUAGGGAAACAUAAAAUGAGUUUGAAACGAUAUUAAAGUGUUUCUGGACAUUGCCUAUACAUAGUCCAUUUUAAACCUUUUUAGGCGUUGUGCUUAUUUUUCGCAAAUGUUUGCUAUUUACGCUAAUAGUGAAGGUUCACUGUGUUGACUGUGUGGCCACACAUUGCAUCGUCCCAAUUGCGCUCUGUGACAGGUCGAUAUAACGGAAAGUGCGCAGUCUCACACUAUCUAAACUGAGCAUACCGCACACCUUCUGUGUCACCUUUUGGCACACCAGUAGAGUAGGACAGAGACAUUUAGUAUGCAAAAACAACAAAACCAAUUUCCAUAAAACCUUGUCAAGAGGUGGUGCGUGACAAGAAUCUAAAAGGUACAGAUACAGGAAUAUAUAUUUUCUACAUUUUUUACCAGUUGCAGCGUGAGGUAGCGGUUAACACGUCUGCCGCACAGCUCUGACGAUUGGGGUUUGAACUUCAGCUUUGGCCUUCCUGUGUGGACUUUGGAUGUUUGCCAGCAUACCCGGAGAAAACCCACGCCAGCACAGGGAGCCAUGAAUCUCAGGCUUCCAUCCACAUUCCGAACACCUGCAUGUAGGAUGAAUUGAAAACAAAUUAAAGUCUUCGUUUAACUUAACAUGCAUGUUCUUGGAAUGUCGGAGCAAGCCGGAGUACCCGCAUCCGGACAACUGCAAGGCAGAUGUACUCAGCUAAAAUCUCAAAUCACACAUAUUAAAUGCCUGUUGGGCAAAGACACAACAACUAGCAAUACCUACAAAUCUUCAGCACAAGAAAAGCAGAUUCCCUUGUCUUUACAUAGCAAAGCCAGCGAUGUUCACCCCCCCCCAAAAUGUCAUCAAAUCUUUUAUAAAAGUCAACUAAAGAAGGGGGGAAAACAAGAAUAAAAUACACAAAAACCUCAUAACAUGACCUUCCUUUCUUCCCAUUUAAUGAGCCUGUCUGCAACUCUGUGCCCUCCCCCAAAAACCUUUGACCUUCCUUGUCCCUGGCUUCACCCAUUCCCACCAUUUCUGCAUGAGCUACAUAGCCUUGCUGCACUGCUUUGAUUACGUCAUUUGAAGCUUGUUGGGGCACACGCAGGCACGCACACACACACACACACAUGCAUUCAACCCUUAUGUGUGUGUGUGUGUGUGUGGAGACUCACCCAAUGCCACACUGCAUCUCGCCUGCCAGCCAAGCAAAACGGAGAAUGCAAAAGCAAUGCAAUUUGGCAUGCCUCUGUCCCAAGUGUGCUGGAAAAAAUAAAUGUAGACAACAAAUAAUUCAUAUAUAUUUAUAUAUGCCUGCUAUAUAUAAUUAUAUAGAGACAUAUGAAAAUGUGUUACUCUUUUUUUUUUUUUUUUUUUGAAAAUGUGUAACAUUUGCAUGUAAUAUCGUCCUCAAAUUGUAAAGGGGAUUUACUCAGAGCACACAAUUUAGAGUGAAAGCGGUUUUGAUAGUGAGUGUAAAGAAGCAAGAAGAUGAAGUGGGUUUGGUUUGCAUGGCAUGUUUUGCCCAAGCUCCAGCUAAAUACCUUAACAUAUGUACUCUAUGUAAGCUCGAGCAAACAAAGCAUCCCUAAUUGUGAUCCUGACCUAUUUGUAUGGGAUUGGAAUAUCUUCAAAUGUUAUAUCGCCAUGCUAAUGUGGUGUACGAAGUCUCGUUACCACCAUCGCGCGCAGUAUGAAUGUUUAGAGUAAGAGGCAGCCUUGGCAGAGUUGGGUCGAGCAGUUUACACUGCAUGCAUGAUGACAUUUAAAAUGUUCCUCAUCUUGAGGAACGUUCAUCGCGGUAUAUUCUGAACAAAGCAUUCAGAAUGCCUUAUGCAGUGAAAUAAAUAAAAGUAAAGUUCAAAUGACUGAAAGGCCUAAGUAGCUUGAAGGUGAUUUGGAAUUGUAAAGUGCACUAACUAUGAUUUUUUGUUUCUUUUUUUAAAUGUCUGUUUACUACAACCAAUUCAUAGCAGAAUGUAGAAAAGGUUCUAUAUGCAACUUCAGAGUGCGUGCCGAUGUUCUGCUGGUGUACAAUCUCACCUUUCUUAGGUGGAUUUUUCAGGAUUUGUUUGUUUUUUCCCAUUGGUUGAGAAGGCUUGCUGCAUCGAGACCCCUCCCGUAGGAGGAGGCCCGUUUACUUGAGUGCUUUAGGAGCCACAAAUUGCCAAAGUUAAAGCUGUUUUAAAUCCUCCGCAGUGGCCAGCAAUCACGUUCAAAAUCCAACUGUUAGAUACAGCUCAGCAGUUUCUCAUUUGUACUCCAAAACAGCACACAUAUACAGAUGCUGUGUGUGUUUUUACUCUGAUGAUGUCAAGGGGUGAGAACCCAUAGGCAUGAAUGUAAACUGCUGACAUUAAGCUUUUUUCCUUAAUUUCACUUUUGAGGGCACGACAAGAAGUAAUAAAUACAAAACAUUAGACAUGAGGUGUGGUUGUAAAUAGCUCUAUUGCCACCAUUUUGCAAAUGUGUUUAAUUUAGGGCAAUCUGUCAUUUGAAUGAGUUGCAUCCCAGAAGAAGACCGCGACGUGGAAUGUUCCACCUUCUGAAGAGGGCGAAGGAGCAGUGGGGGAAAACAAGCAUGUGUGGGGGCUUUGGGGGUAUGCUGCAACGAGGAGGACAUGGACUCCCUCUCUCUCUCCACCUCCGGAGAGGAGCUCGCUUCACUGUGGCCGACACAAAAAGGACUCACUCUGGACUGAGGCCACAGGUGCCAAGAACACUUCAGCACUUGUAGCACAACCGUGUCUUGUAUUACAGUCCAGGUUUUGAUUGCUUUGUUUUUACAGAUAAAGUUUGUAUUCCAGACAGUCAUCAGCAUUUACUCAAGACGUCAUUGCAUGAUGUAUUACUCAUACUGACCAGUGGCUGUUUUUAGAAGUGUAAGUCCAAUGCCAAAUGUGACCGUGACUGCUGCGUUUUUAUUCUUUAUGUGGCGAUAUUUUAUCGAAAACGCUAUUAUUUGGGAAAAAUCCUGCCCAUGUGCCAUUGAAUUGAGCAAUAAAAACAAGUAGGCAAAACUACAA